AUGAAGUCAUCAGGCAUUCUUCUGCUUUUGAUCAGCAUGUCUUAUUUGUUCCUUUUUGUAGAGGCUGUAAGCCAAGGAGGCUCCCAGGUCUUUUGCAGCAACUAUGAGAAACUAACUGCGGAUGGAAAAUCCUGUCCCAAGAUCCACAAACCCAUGUGUGGUACUGAUGGACAAACUUACAAGAAUCCUUGUGAAUUCUGCAAAAUUGCAAAGGAACAGAAAGGGAAACUUGGUUUCAAACAUGGUGGAAAAUGUUGA